AGCAAAAAUUGAAUUGCUACAGUUAGUCAGCUGAUUACAUUCGUUAAAUUUAGUCAUUGUUUUUGAGUGCAGUGUUUUAUUUUUAUUUUAAAAAUAAACGAUCAAUAAUGUCGAACGUAAUUGAAUAUUCGUCUUGGAGAAGUCCAUUGUCAACUCGCUAUGCGUCAAAAGAAAUGCUUUUUAAUUUUAGCGAUCAAAAUAAAUUUAGCACAUGGCGCCGGCUCUGGAUUUACCUCGCGAAAGCACAAAAGGAAUUAGGUCUAGAUAUUAAACCGGAACAGAUUGCAGAAAUGGAAGCAAAUGUAAAUGAUAUAAAUUUUGAUGCAGCUGCGAAAGAAGAAAAGGCAACAAGACACGAUGUUAUGGCUCACGUGCACGUGUUCAGUGAGCAAUGCCCUAAAGCUGCUGCGAUUAUUCAUCUUGGAGCAACCAGUUGUUAUGUUGGUGAUAAUACCGAUCUUAUAGUACUGCGAGAAGCUUUUGAUAUCCUGCUACCAAAACUCGCGGGUGUUAUUAAACGAUUAUCUAAAUUUGCUGAAGAAUAUCAUGAUCUUCCGACUCUUGGUUUUACUCAUCUCCAGCCGGCCCAACUUACGACAGUUGGUAAGAGAGCAACUCUGUGGUUACAUGAUUUGCUGAUGGACGAACGAGCUCUUCGUCGCGCUCGUGAUGAUUUGAAAUUUCGUGGAGUAAAAGGAACAACUGGGACUCAAGCUUCUUUUCUUCAACUAUUUAACGGUAAUUCAGAAAAAGUUAAGCAACUAGAUGCAUUAGUCACUGAAAUGGCCGGUUUUAAGAAAUAUUAUUCAGUCACUGGUCAAACAUACAGCAGAAAAGUUGACAUCGAAUGUCUCAACACAUUAGCAUCUCUUGGAGCAACAGUUCACAAAAUCUGCAGCGACAUCAGAAUAUUAGCUAACAUGAAAGAAAUUGAAGAGCCGUUCGAAAGUACGCAAAUAGGCUCCAGUGCAAUGCCAUACAAAAGGAAUCCGAUGCGUUCUGAGCGUUGCUGUAGUAUUGCACGUCAUUUAAUGACCUUAGUAAACAAUACCUUGCAAACGGCUGCGAAUCAGUGGAUGGAAAGAACGCUUGAUGAUUCCGCUAACCGUCGUAUUACAUUAGCAGAAGCUUUUCUGUCAGCUGAUGUUAUUUUAAUGACGUUACAAAAUAUUACCGAAGGUCUUGUUGUCUAUCCAAAAGUUAUUGCGCGACAUGUCGCUCAGGAGUUGCCAUUUAUGGCUACGGAAAAUGUUAUUAUGGCGAUGGUCAAAGCUGGUGGUGAUCGUCAAGUCUGUCAUGAGAAGAUACGAGUCCUGUCACAUGAAGCUGGUGCACAAGUUAAGCAGCAUGGUUUAGACAAUGAUCUUGUUGACAGAAUUAAAAGUGAUUCUUAUUUCAAGCCUAUUUUUAAUCAACUUGAUAAACUUUUGGAUGCUUCAACAUUUAUUGGACGGUGUCCAGAACAAGUUAAGGAGUUUAUUGAAGAUGAAGUCCAGCCAAUCAUGGAACUUUACUCAGGACUUGAUCAAGGACGAGUUGAACUUAAUAUUUAAAAUAUUUUUAUUAUAAAUUACGGGGAUGAUUUUAUGAAAAUAAUUUUUUUUUUUACUGAUUGUAAAAUAUUUUUUUUUGUAUAAUAAAAAUAUAAUAUUUUUCUUGUACAACAA